GGGGCUGGAGCCUGACUGACCCGACAGUGCGGGUGGGCUAGAGGGAGGUACUCAGAGUAGGAACCCCGGGGCGCAGACGGGAUCUGUCGGAUCCCCAGGCGUGCGUGUGCGCGGGCAUCAGAGGAGGGGGAUUGUGAGAUCAUGAGUGACGGAGGGGACUGUGUGAGUGUGUGCGUGAGGCCCUAUGCACAGGCCCGGGAAGGCGUGUGGACGCAGCGCACUUUGCUGGGGCUGUGUGAGCGUCACUAUGCUGGUGCCCGCAAGCUCCUGCUGCUUCCUCCCUCUUUCCCCUUCACAGCUGCGGGGACUGCAGCAGAGCAAUGGCCCCAGUAGGGAGGUCAGAUAUUGAGCCGAGAAUGAAGCUUUACACAAGAAAGCGCAGAAGUGCCCCCGACUGUUCCCCAGGAGGGCAGCUACAUGUUGAGAACCACAGCGUCCUCAGAGCUCUGUCCCCAGAAAGCAGCUCCAAACUGGUUGUACUGGUUGAACCGAUUCCGCCUCCUUUUACUUCCUUCCUAUUUCGUGUGAAGUGAGGGAAAUUGUGGCCAUGGAGGGAGGGUGCUUUCAAACUCAGUCUGCGCUCCAAGAAAAACCUGGAGUCUCACGCUUGCCGUACCCUUCCCCAGUCGUGUUAUUAUCCAAAAGAAGCACCUGGAGGAAGAUGAGAGCAUUAUUUCUGCACAUCUAAAAGUCAAGGGGGAGAAGCACGAGGAAGAUUGACCAAUUUUGUAAUUCUAGAAACAUGGUCCAUGGAUCAGUGACAUUCAGGGAUGUGGCCAUUGACUUCUCUCAGGAGGAGUGGGAGUGCCUGCAGCCUGAUCAGAGGACCUUGUACAGGGAUGUGAUGUUGGAGAACUACAGCCACCUGAUCUCACUGGGAAGUUCCAUUUCUAAACCAGAUGUGAUUACGUUACUUGAGCAAGAGAAAGAGCCCUGGAUGGUUGUAAGGAAAGAAACAAGCAGAUGGUAUCCAGAUUUGGAGUCAAAAUAUGGACCUGAGAAAGUAUCUCCAGAAAAUGACAUCUCUGAAGUAAAUUUACCCAAACAGGUUAUAAAGCACAUAAGUACAACUCUUGGCCUUGAGGCCUUUUAUUUUAGAAACUACUCAGAAUAUGGAAGAUUUGAGGGACUACAGGGGUAUCAAGAAGGACAUAUCAAUCAAAAGAUGAUCAGCUGUGAAAAACUGCCUACUUAUACUUCUCAUGCUUCUCUUAUUUGCAAUACACAUAAACCGUAUGAAUGUAAGGAAUGUGGGAAAUACUUUAGUCGUAGUGCAAAUCUUCUUCAGCAUCAGAGUAUUCAUACUGGAGAGAAACCCUUUGAAUGUAAGGAGUGUGGGAAAGCCUUUCGACUUCACAUACAAUUUACUCGACAUCAGAAAUUUCAUACUGGUGAGAAACCUUUUGAAUGUAACGAAUGUGGAAAGGCCUUUAGUCUUCUUACCCUGCUUAAUCGCCAUAAGAACAUUCACACAGGUGAGAAACUGUUUGAAUGUAAGGAAUGUGGGAAGUCCUUUAAUCGUAGUUCAAACCUUGUUCAACAUCAGAGUAUUCAUGCUGGUGUAAAACCAUAUGAAUGUAAGGAGUGUGGGAAAGGCUUCAAUCGUGGUGCACACCUUAUUCAGCAUCAGAAAAUUCAUUCCAAUGAGAAACCCUUUGUAUGUAAGGAAUGUGGGAUGGCCUUUCGAUAUCAUUACCAACUUAUUGAACAUUGCCAAAUUCAUACUGGUGAGAAACCCUUUGAAUGUAAAGAAUGUGGAAAGGCAUUUACUAUUCUGACAAAGCUUGUUCGACAUCAGAAGAUUCAUACUGGUGAGAAACCCUUUGAAUGCAGAGAAUGUGGGAAGGCCUUUAGUCUUCUCAACCAGCUUAAUCGCCAUAAGAACAUUCACACAGGUGAAAAACCAUUUGAAUGUAAGGAAUGUGGGAAGUCCUUUAAUCGUAGUUCAAACCUUGCUCAACAUCAGAGUAUUCAUGCUGGUGUAAAACCAUAUGAAUGUAAGGAGUGUGGGAAAGGCUUUAAUCGUGGUGCACAUCUUAUUCAGCAUCAAAAAAUUCAUUCCAAUGAGAAACCUUUUGUAUGUAGGGAAUGUGAGAUGGCCUUUAGAUAUCAUUGCCAACUUAUUGAACAUUCUCGAAUUCAUACUGGUGACAAGCCAUUUGAAUGUAAAGACUGUGGGAAGGCCUUCAAUCGUGGCUCGAGCCUUGUUCAACAUCAGAGUAUUCACACUGGUGAGAAGCCCUAUGAAUGUAAGGAAUGUGGGAAGGCUUUUAGACUUUACCUACAACUUUCUCAACAUCAGAAAACUCAUACAGGUGAGAAACCCUUUGAAUGUAAGGAAUGUGGGAAAUUCUUCCGUCGUGGUUCAAAUCUUAAUCAACAUCGAAGUAUUCAUACUGGAAAGAAACCCUUUGAAUGUAAGGAAUGUGGGAAAGCCUUUCGACUUCAUAUGCACCUUAUUCGACAUCAGAAAUUGCAUACUAGUGAGAAACCCUUUGAAUGUAAGGAGUGUGGGAAAGCCUUUCGACUUCAUAUGCAACUUAUUCGACACCAGAAAUUGCAUACUGGUGAGAAACCCUUUGAAUGUAAGGAAUGUGGAAAAUCCUUUAAUCGUGUCUCAAACAAUGUUCAACAUCAGAGUAUUCAUGCUGGUGUAAAACCAUGUGAAUGUAAGGAGUGUGGGAAAGGCUUCAAUCGUGGUUCAAACCUUACUCAGCAUCAGAAAAUUCAUUCCAGUGAGGAACUCUUUGUAUGUAAGGAGUGGAGGAAGACCUUUAGAUAUCAUUACCAACUUACUGAACAUUACCAAAUUCACACUGGUAAAAAACCCUUUGAAUGUAAAGAAUGUGGAAAGGCCUUUAGUUUUCUGACACAGCUUGCUGGACUUCAGAUCAUUUAUACUGGCGAGAAGCCAUUUGAAUUUGAGGAAUGUGGGAAGGCCUUCAAUAGUGGCUCAAACCUUAUUCAACAUCAGAGUAUUCAUACGGGUGAGAAACUCUAUGAAUAAUGUAAGGAAUGUGGGAAAGCAUUUACUGUGGAUUAUCAGCUUUCUUAACAUCAGAAAAUUAUAAUAGUUAGAAAUUUUAUGACUAUAAGGAGUGUGGACAAGCCUUCACUGUGUAUGAAAAAUUUACUCAACACUGGAGAGCUCAUAUUGAUGAGAAAUCUUGUGAACAUAAAAGAAUGUGUGAAGAACUUUCAUCAUGGCCUGGGAUUUGCUCAACGUCAGAGUAUUCAUACUUCCGAGAAAUCUUUGGGUGUAAGGAAUGUGGGGCGUUUUAUAGCCACACUAAAUACCUUAGUGUUUGGAGAAGAUAAUUCUUGUGAGAAAGUCUUUGAAUGAGGAAUAUAGGGUAGUUGUUAUGUUCACAAUAUACUCCCUAUGAAAUACUUUACCAGAUACAGGCAUACCUCACUGAAUUGUGCAUUGCAGUUAUUGUGUUUUUAUACAAAUUGAAGGUUUGUGGCAACCCUGUGGUAAGCAAGAUGAUCAGGUCCAUUUUCCAAAUAUCAUGUGUGCAUUUCAUGUCUUUAUGUCACAUUUUGGUAAUUCUCAGAAUAUUUCAAACUUUUUCAUUGUUAUGUAUCUAUCAUGGUGAUCAAUAACCAGUGAUUUUUGAUGUUACUAUUGUAAUUGCUUUGGGAUACCACAAAUCCUGCCCAUAAAAGAUGGUAAACCUAGUUGAUACUUGUGGGUUUGGAAGGAAUUGUCAAAUAUACAACCAUAUACCCCCACCUAGAUUCAAAAUUAUUGACAAAUUUGCACGUUUAUUUUUUGUAUAUUUGUUGUACCAUUGAGAGUAAGUUUUAGACAU